CUCACCCAUCCGGUACUGCGUGGACGAAAAAAGCUUUACGAACAGUAGGAAAAGUUUCAGGAGGAAAAAGUCAUUGUUUUUUUUGUUUUUUUUUUUCAAGGGAAAAAACAAGCUCCCAAAAAAAUUGAAGAAACGAAACCAGAAUGCUGAGUAUGUCGAAUAACAACAGCAUGUCCUAUAAUGACCAAGGAGGAGCAGUAGAGUCUGCUACCGAAGCGGGGCUGGAGACAACUCCGACCACUUCAACUGGAGCGGGGUUCGGCCUCUUCAGCACAGAUUACAAAAAAAAUGAUGACCUUAAAGCAAUGUUGGAGAGCAGCAAGGAUUCUUUAAAGCUGGAGGCUAUGAAAAGAAUUGUCGGGCUGAUUGCUAAAGGAAAGAAUGCAUCUGAAUUAUUCCCUGCAGUGGUGAAGAAUGUGGCAAGUAAAAACAUCGAGCUGAAGAAGCUGGUGUACGUGUACCUGGUUCGCUAUGCAGAAGAGCAGCAAGAUGUGGCUCUUCUCUCCAUCUGCACAUUCCAGCGUGCUUUGAAGGAUCCUAACCAGCUCAUCCGUGCUAGUGCUCUGAGAGUUUUAUCCAGUGUCCGAGUGCCUGUUAUUGUUCCAAUCAUGAUGCUGGCCAUUAAAGAAGCAGCUACUGAUUUGUCACCAUAUGUCAGAAAAACUGCAGCUCAUGCAAUUCAAAAACUGUACAGUCUUGAACCAGAUCAAAAAGAACAUUUAAUUGAAGUAAUUGAAAAACUACUAAAGGAUAAAAGCACGCUGGUUGCUGGGAGUGUUGUAAUGGCAUUUGAGGAAGUGUGUCCUGAUCGGAUAGAUCUGAUUCACAAGAAUUACCGGAAACUCUGCAACGUGCUGGUGGAUGUGGAGGAGUGGGGACAAGUACUUAUCAUCAACAUGCUCACCAGAUACGCACGCACGCAGUUCCUGAGCCCCUGGAAGCAGGAUGAAAUAUUUGAAGAGAAUUGUGAACAAGCCUUCUACGGUUCAGAUGAUGAGAGGAACAACAAAAGUGAGCCUACAUCCAAGCCCUAUGUGAUGGACCCAGACCACCGAUUGCUUCUGAGGAACACCAAGCCUUUGUUGCAGAGUAGAAACACAGCUGUUGUGAUGGCUGUUGCUCAGCUUUACUGGCAUUUAGCUCCCAGGUCUGAAGUGAGCCUCGUCACCAAGUCAUUAGUGCGAUUACUUCGAAGCCACAGAGAGGUGCAAUUUAUUGUGCUGCAGAACAUUGCAACAAUGUCUAUUCAGAGAAAGGGCAUGUUUGAGCCAUAUCUGAAAAGUUUCUAUGUGAGAUCAACUGAUCCAACACACAUCAAGACACUAAAGCUGGAGAUACUGACUAACCUGGCCAAUGGAGCUAAUAUCUCUACAGUCCUCCGGGAGUUUCAGACUUAUGUAAAGAGUCAAGAUAAGCAGUUUGCUGCUGCUACAAUUCAAGCCAUUGGAAGGUGUGCAACAAACAUCUCUGAAGUGACUGAUACGUGCCUGAACGGUCUAGUGCUCCUGCUUUCAAACAGAGACGAGACUGUUGUGGCAGAAAGUGUGGUAGUCAUUAAAAAACUGCUGCAGACACAACCAACGCAGCACAGUGAUAUCAUAAAACACAUGGCAAAACUUUUGGAUAAUAUUGCUGUGCCAAUGGCUAGAGCCAGCAUCGUCUGGCUGAUUGGUGAAUAUUGUGAACGAGUCCCAAAGAUAGCACCUGAUGUAUUGAGAAAAAUGGCAAAGGCUUUUACCUGUGAAGAAGAGAUUGUGAAGCUGCAGACAUUGAACCUGGCAGCUAAACUGUACCUUACCAAUGCCAAACAGACAAAAUUGCUUACACAGUAUAUAUUAAAUCUAGGCAAAUACGAUCCAAACUAUGACAUUAGAGACCGUACAAGAUUUAUUAGGCAGCUGAUUGUCCCCAAUGAGAAAAGCGGAGCCCUAAGCAAGUAUGCAAAGAAAAUCUUCCUGGCCUCGAAGCCAGCGCCGGUGCUCGAGUCUCCAUUUAAAGAUAGGGAUCGUUUCCAGCUUGGCACAUUGUCUCACACCCUUAACACCAAAGCCUCGGGUUACUUGGAGCUGUCAGACUGGCCAGUGAUGGCCCCGGACCAGUCUGUCAGAAAUGUGGAGGUAGUUGAACCGUUCACACAGUCGACUACUCUAGCAGGUAAAGUGAAGGCAGCGAAGCCAGAUGAUGCAUUUUAUUCAGGGUCUGGGGACGAGGAAGCAUCAGGCAGUGGCAGUGAGAGCUGUAGCAGCGAGGAGUCUGGCAGUGACAGUGAGAGCGGCAGUGAUGACGAGGAGAAUGGGAGGAAGAAAAGCAGCAGUGACAGCGCCUCCAGCAGCAACAGCAGCAGUUCCUCCGGCAACGAGAGCCGCUCCAGCCAAUCUGAAUCCGGCAGCAAGAAAAAGAAUCUCAAGAAAAGAAAUCCCAGAAAAAACAAGAAAAGCUGUAAGAACAAAUCUGAAAACGACAAAAUUACCAAAAGCGGAUCAAAAACUAAAACAGACUCCGUUUCAUCCGAGUCAGAAGAGAGCUCUUCAGAGAAGAGUUCUUCCAGUUCUGAAUCUGGGUCAGAACCUGAAACAGACUCCGACUCGGGCACAGACCAAAAGAAACAAAAACCAAAGCCAAAGAAGGAAGAAACUAAAGAGGCACGAGAGAAGACAACAAAACAGGAAGUUUCAUUGCUUGAUCUGGAUGACUUUGCACCUGUGUCCAUGCCAACAGCACCUAGGCCAGCAAUGCUGUCUCCCAGUUUGAUUACUGAUCUGGAAGGCUUGUCCUUAUUGAAUACUUCUCUAUCCAUUGAUGUCACCAGUCCAGUAUACGUGCCUGCGAAAUCUCAUGAGCUUCUCCAUCGAAUGAGUGGCAAAGGGCUAGCAGCCCAGUAUCACUUCCCACGACAGCCUUGCAUUUACAGCUCCGACAUGGUCUCUGUGCAGGUCACACUGACCAACAGUGGAGACCAGACAGUGGAAGACAUUCACAUCGGGGAGAAGAAACUUCCCUCUGGCCUCCAGAUUCACGACUUCAACAGUAUAGAAUCUCUGGAGCCAGGGGCAUCAAUCACAGUGUCAAUGGGCAUCGACUUCAAUGAUUCUACCCAGGCUGCCAACUUCCAACUUUGCACGAAAAGUGACCAAUUCAACGUCAGUAUUCAGCCAGCCGUGGGAGAAUUGCUUCUACCAGUCACCAUGUCUGAGCAGGACUUCAGGACACAGCAAGGAAAGCUUACAGGAAUGAAUGAGAGUGCUGCUACCAUCAGUGUUAAUCAAGAAAACUCCUCAAGCAGAGCCAUCGUGCACAAGGUGGUGACUGCAGCUAACCUGGGGGUGGUACCUUCUGCUGAAGAUCGCAUCCACAGGUUUGCUGCGAAGACUGUGAAAGCUGCGGACCUGGUGCUGGUUACAGUGGAGCUGAAGGAAGCCUCCACAGCUCAGCUCCUCAUCAACACUGAAAAGACUGUGAUUGGCUCGAUGCUGCAGCAGGAGCUCAAGGCUGUCCUGUUCCAGGGGUAACGCACCUGCAUCUGGACUUCACAAUCUGGCACACAGCAAAGUGCCUUUCAUUUUGAAUAUUAGCUGCUCCAUCUGGUGCUGGGGGGGGAAUAAUAAAUAUAUAUAAAAAAUAAUUUUUCUACAAGCCCCCCCACCAUCACUGCAACCAUGCUCCACUUGCUCAGUGCAGCUGUGCUAUCAUUCAUUUAAAUUCUUGGUGUUUCUUAUUCUCCUAAGGUCUGAUGCCAUUGUGCUUUUUCUUUAUUGCAUUUCCCCUGACACACAUUCACAUUGGAGAAUAAAAAAAGUUUGAUUAGACCUUUAGAGUACUGUACUGCACAGCAACUCUCUCUGUAUCUCUCACAUGCCACACUGUGUAUUGGAGGGUUGUUAGUUGAAAAUUAUUACACCAGAAAAACAAAUAACACAGGCUAGCCAAGAUAUCGUAGGGAAAAUAAUGUACAAGAUUUUUAAAACUAUUUUAUACCAAAGGAUUCCCCUCAAUAGAAUGAAUACACACACAGAGAUAAAUGCAGUACACAUUCAAUAUAUACAAGAUAGUUUGUUGAUUCAGUUAUCUUUAGCUGUUUUGUCAGUUUGUGUCAGUUUUCCUUAUUUUCUUCAGAAGAUACAGUAGUACUUGUGUUAGUGAACAGACUAACCCCUCCAUCUCAGUGUUACCGAGCUUUGAAUGAAGAAAUACAGUACAAGUGCCUUCAAAUCUGAACAUAAAUGCUGUUCUGUUACUUGUGUCUUUAAAAUUACCACAACAAAAGGAUGCCAGUAUUUCCACAAUGUGCAUACAUCAUGUUAAAUGAGUCAAAAUAUUAAAACAUAAAUGCUGUUUUGUUACCUGUGUCUUAAAAUUACCACAACAAAAGGAUACCAGUAUUUCCACAAUGUGCGUACAUCAUGUUAAAUAUUAAAACUGGAAAAUAAAGCAAAUGUGGCCGAAAA